GCACACAGGGCGGGGUGGAGGGAGUAGAUGGGGGGCGAUUCCAACCACAACCUCCGUAUCUGCUAGUUGCAGAUGCAAACAGAAACCCAGAAAACUCUGAGCCUUACGCGCAAAAGUUGGAGCGCAAAGAAGAGUUCAGAAGUGGGCGGGUGCGUGUGCUUUAAAAAAAAAAAAAAAGGGUGGAAACCCCAAGGCCAAGUUGUAGAAGAAAAAAAGAAUUAACAGAAGUGUGCCUAUCUUGGCGGGAGCCCCUCCCCUCGGCUGGAGGCGCCCUGCAGCGGGACCCAAGUGCGGCUGCUCUUAGGGGACUGGGUCAGGAGUCCGGAGACCCCCGCCGCCGCCCGGUUUCGCCGCCGCCUUGGUUCGGCCGCUGCAGGCGCCCAGCCCCGAGGAGCGAUGAGCGGCCUCAACGGCACGUCGCCGCCUGCGCCCCAUGAGCCUGACCCAGGGACAUCCAACAACAUUAAGGACAUUGCCAUCAUUGCAGUGAUCGCCGUGGUGGCCCUGAUCCUCGUAUGUCUCCUCCUCAUCAUGCUCCGCUACCUGUACCGGCACAAGGGUACCUACCACACCAACGAGGCCAAGGGCACGGAGUUUGCUGAGAGUGCAGAUGCGGCCCUACAGAGCGACCCCGCCCUCCAGGAUGCUGGUGACAGCAGGAAGGAAUACUUUAUCUGAUGGACAACACGCCUCACCCUCCUGCAAGCCGCCUCUGACUUUAGGAGAAAUAGUGAGCUCACAUCUACCACUGUCCCCAGCACUGAGGAAACCCUUAAGAGGCACCAGUCCUCCCAAGAACGCAGUGUGCUGGGUGCCUGCCAGGGAGAAGAUGCAGACAGGAGGUCUCAACGUGUACAGGUGGCUCCUCCCAGCUGCAGGGACUUAAUGGCCACUGAGAAGAAAGCCUUGGUUCUGCCAGGAAGAGAGAACACCUGGGCACAGGUCUCCCUGGACAAUGCAGGUGUCAAUGAACCAACGUGAAAGUCCCGUGUAAGAGGGGUGGGUGGGCCUGGGAGUGGGUAUGAAAGGAAGUAAGACAAAUGACUGGGGGUAACGGCAUCAAAUGUCAAUCCUUGACAUUUGGGGGGAACAACAGGUGCCAGAGCUAAAAGUCACCUUUGUCUCCCAUCGAUCCAGCUCAGAAUGAUUAAAAAUAAAUUUGAAAUGUAA